AGUGAGAGAGCCCGGGGUAUAUGCUGAGCUGACUGACAAGAUGCAGGGCGCUCUGGACUACGCUAAUGCCCUGUCCCCCAAGUCCCUCAUAAGAUCUGUUACUAAUGUUGGUACAUCACUGACACGAAGAGUGUUAUUUCCGCCUCUUCCUGAGCCUCCACAAAGACCUUUCCGAGUCUCAAACUCUGAUCGCAGCAGCAAGAAGGGGAUUGUGGCAGGUACUUUAAAGGAGCUCAUUGAAAAGGCCAGUGAAACCCUCUUUAUACACUCUGACCUGGUAACCCUUGUGUUGGAGGAGGAUGGCACAGUAGUGGACACAGAAGACUUCUUCCAGUCAUUGGAGGAUAACACACAGUUUUUGCUGUUAGAGGCAAAACAGAAAUGGACACAAGAGAGAAACUCUAAACGUGCAGUGCAGCAUGAGAAAAAGACUGGAAUUGCAAACCUGACGUUCGAUUUGUAUAAACUGAACCCAAAGGAUUUUGGUGGCUGCCUAAACAUUAAAGCAACUUUUUAUGAGAUCUAUUCCAUAUCCUGGGACAUGCAGUUCCUGGGUGCUAAGAAGGUGUUGAGGCAGCUAAUCCGUGGACUUUCCUAUCUGGCCCAGGUAACUGGCCAUUUGCUUCUGUACGGUGGCUCUUUCGUAAUGCAAUGGACUGAAAACUUAGAAAUGGAGAGGCCAAUUCCAAAGUCUCAGCGCUCCUAACACCCAAGCAGAACCUUGUACAUGGCCUCAUUUAACCCAGAUGAAUCUCACUUGUGACAAGUUCCGGCCAGUGGAAGCGAUAUACUCCAUGUCUUUCUUAUAAACUAAUGCAUCAGUCCAUCAUUUACCAAAUUUACCCGUUUACAUGUUUUGUAUUUCUGUCCUCUAUAAACCUUUUAACUUUGUUUUUGAGCAUAUUUUUUGUAUAUUGUAGUGCCUGCUCUAAACAGUUAAAACUAAGUUAUACAACUCUUUUGUCUAAGCAAGUCAUUGGUCAGAUCUGUGAGUAAGAAUGCAAGAGAUUUAUCAUUGGGGACUGAGGAAAUGAAAGUAUUGUUUCUAUGUUUCUACUGCAAAACCAUGUAAUGUAUAACUCGUUUACCGAAAGGACAAAUGCCUCCAUAACUUAUUGUGUCAGUUGUUUACAGAAUUCGACAGUAUAUAGAAGAGCCUGCUUUUUCUUAUGUUUCUCUUCAUUAUCUGUUGUAUUUUUGAAAGGGAAUCAAUUGAUUUCAAUAGUGCGGUGCUAGGAAGCUUCAGUUGCUGCUACAUGGCAUAACCUCAUGUGUUCAUUGCUUAAAAUAUUUAUUUAACAUAGCUGUAAUUACAGUGGAAUUUUAGAGAUAUUUUUGUUUCAUUUUAAAUAAAAAGCUCCACUCCAAAAGAGCAUAAACAAACUAUGUAUGCCUGAUAUAUCACCUAAUUAACAGACUAUCAUAAAAGGCAUCCUUAUAAAUAUAUGAUCUGUGUGGGUUAUCAAGAUCAUUGAGAUAAAAAAUCCAUCCAUUGUCACAGACUUGCUUCAUAUCUCAUAUGUGGCCCUUGGUUUCUACUUUUCCAGUCCGUAAUUGGUUUAAACCUUGGAUGUGUCAGAUGUACAGAAGAGAUUUCUUCUCAUCCAACAGAAUAAGCUACUUGAUCACCUCAUAUUGUGCUUUAAUGCAAAGCUAACUUUUAACAAUCUUUUUUUUUAGUCCUUGUUUACAUUUUAAUUGCUGUAUAUCUAUAUAAAUUGUUUAAAUGAGCACUGGAUAUAUGUUCGGUAUAAGAUGUAAAGGUUUACUAAAAUGCAUGAUUUGAUAUGGGAAUUAUAUAAAGGAAAAAUUCCAAUAAAUCCUUUCACAAUUUUCCUUA